AUGCCGAUUGAGGCCCUCCCCCCGGCCACAGUCAGGGCAAUCGGAUCUACAUCUGUGAUCUCCGAUCCUUGUUCUGUGGUCAAGGAACUCAUCGACAAUUCUUUAGAUGCUGGGUCAUCUUCAGUAAUGAUCGAAAUCUCGUCAAACACCGUGGACGUGAUACAACUCAAGGACAACGGACAUGGUAUCCCAACUGAAGACCACCCAUACGUCUGCAGACACACGUAUACCAGCAAGAUUCAAACCCUUGACGAUUUGAAAAACGUUGGUGGAAUGUCCUUUGGCUUUCGUGGGGAGGCAUUGGCCAGCGUGGCUGAGAUGUCUGGCUGCAUCACUAUUACCACCCGUAUCGCUUCAGAAAUUAUUGGGUCGUCUCUGAAAUACGAAAGGGACGGCCAGCUAUCUCAAAGGUCCCAGCCGGCAUCUCAUCCGGUCGGCACGACUCUCCGUAUUGCUCACUUUCUCAAGCACAUUCCGGUCCGCAGGCAGGUAGUCUUGAAGAGUGCUACCAAGAUCCUCACGAAAAUCAAAAAGCUGGUUCAAGCCUAUGCCAUUGCUCAACCUUCUAAAAGGUUCUCGUUGAAAGUUCUCAAAGCGAAAAAUGAAAACCAGAACUGGAUGUAUGCGCCGAGUACUGAUGCGACACUCUCCGAUGCGGCCGUCAAGACAUUUGGUCGAGAGUUGUCAUCGUGUUGUGUUAUCAGGGAACUCUCAGCCGGAUCUUCAUCAUUGCAAAGUGACCCAAAUAAGGAUGGAUACGGUGUCGUGGCUUUUCUCCCAGGCCCAGAUUCAGAUAUCUCCAAAAUCAACAACUCAGGGCAGUUCAUCAGUGUGGAUGGACGGCCAUUGUCUGCUACCGCCGGCAUUGGUCAGGAUAUUGCAAAACUUUUCAAAUCUUACAUCCGUGCUAUUGCGUCAAAGCAUGCAGUGACGAGGUCGGUCACCGACCCGUUCCUUUGUCUCCAACUUAGCUGCCCACGGGGCUCAUAUGAUGUUAACAUCGAGCCGGGCAAAGAUGAUGUUCUCUUCGAGGAUCGAGACGUCGUGGUUUCUAUCAUAGAAGAUCUGUUCAAUGAGCACUACGGACCACUCGGGGAUUCUCGGCCAAAAAGUUCAGUGAAAGACAAGUCUUCCCGUACCAAAAAGAGCGAUCAAUUUGACAUCAUGCUGGCUCGGAGACCAUUGACCGAAGUUUCCACGAAAUCUACGCAGAUGAUAGAGAAACCUUCCCAGUCUGCAGUCAUCCAGGGGGCUCCAUACUCUGAAGCUCAGUCCCAAACGGCCACCUGGUCCGCGAGCCAAUCCAGUCAAGAACCUUUGAUGCGCUCAGUGGAAAGUAGGAAGCCUCGUUCUGUUAACCCUUGGUCUGUCACGGGCAUGAAUGCAUCCUUACGUACCCCGAGAAGGGACCUUGCUCCUCAGUCCAAAAGUCCAGAACUUGGAUGGGUUGAAUCAUCGCCGGGGGACAUACGCCCUACGAAAUCUCGGAGGAAUAGCCAACCCUCGCCUCCUGAAAGUCCCGAACUCACAAGUCCCUCCCUUUCGCGACUGGUGUCAACAUCUCCCACCAACCAGCGACGACAGUCCCAAGCACGGCAACCGCAAAGCCCUCCAAUUGAGACAAACUCAACGAGUAAUUCCAGAAAGGCAGCAAGACAACGUGAUAAAGAACGGUAUGGCAAUGGGGCGCUGGACACCUGGUUCACCCGAACCACACAAGUCUCCCUCGGCGAAGACUCCGUGGUCACUGCGCAAGAGGAAGCAAUUCCAACUAUUUCCCAGCUUGCUUGCGAGAGAUUUGGGGCUCAAUCUAACGACAUUGAAAGUGGGAAUACAGUUGGCAAGGAAAAUUCUGGACGUGAGGAUCACGUAUUAGAACAUCAUUUACCUUCGCCAUCUCAAACUGACCAACACACCGGUGAGGCUGGCUAUCAAGGCUCUAUGGACAGCGGUCGUGGAUUCCCAGUUCUUGAGAGAUGGGCCGCCAAUCUUCGAGAAGACUUCAAUCCAGAUAAGGAUUCAGAGGUGGAAAGGGCUCUUGACUUCGAGAGACGCAAGAAAGAAGCGAUCCAAAAUUAUCGCGCGCGCCAGGCCACAAAUAAUACGCUACCAAGCUCUCAAGCUAGUUCUCAUGGCCCGCACCACAAUCGAUAUAUGAAGGCCAAGGCUGCUUUGGCAUCAGAUCGACCGUUCGCCCCAGAAACAGAGUAUAAUAGCUGCUUUCCUCUUAAUGAUCCUAGAGAAUAUCUCAUUCGCCAAAAUGCUCGAGGGUUGCCUAAGGAUAACACCAAGAUCCGACACGUUCCUAGCAGCAAAUUGCCCUUCGAACAUAUACCCGAGGGGUACGAUAUUCACGAUCUUGGUCUAUCCUUAUCAACUGAUUUACUGCAUGUGAAGAAGGCCUUCACUUUAAUGGCUACUCAUGAUUCUUAUACGCACGACGGAAAGGAAGACAAGCUUUCCGCAUCAGCUGUGGAAUCUCAAGCGCCAGCCUGGAAUGCUCGAAUUAACACCAUGAUCAAGAAAAAAUAUGAAGCCAAGGAGGCACGAACCGCUGAUCUGAAGAUUGAUUUUUCUACUUUCAUUGAUCAUCUCAAGCUUUUUGAUGCCUGA